AUGGCACCAAAAGUUGUUGUGCUAAUUUCAGGUUCAGGUUCGAAUCUACAGGCGUUAAUUGAUGCUAAGAAAGAAGGCAAAUUGCCUAUAGAUAUCUGUAGGGUCAUUUCAAGUAGUAAGAAAGCAUAUGGUUUAACAAGAUCCAGUGAUAAUGGAAUUCCUACCAUUGUACAGUCUUUGUAUUCAUACACAAAGGACUUGUCGAAGGAUGACAAAAAGGGUCGUGCUGAGGCAAGAAAUAAGUUUGAAGCGGACCUCGCAGAUCUGAUACUGAAGGAUUCUCCAGAUUUGGUUGUAUGCGCAGGGUGGUUAUUAAUUUUGGGUCCUACCUUUUUAAAGAGAUUGAACGGAUUACCGAUCAUUAACUUGCAUCCUGCUCUUCCUGGUGCUUUCGAUGGGACCACCCAUGCGAUUGAAAUGGCGUGGAAUAAGUGUCAAGAGCAGAAGAGACCACUAAUUGCAGGGUGUAUGGUACAUUAUGUCAUUGAAGAAGUAGAUAGGGGCGAAUCAUUGGUAAUAAAAGAACUAGAAAUUGUUCCAGGUAAGGAAUCCUUGGAAGAGUACGGAACAAGGGUUCACGCUGCGGAACAUGUCGCAAUUGUUGAAGCCACAAUCAUAGCUUUAAAGGAAUCAAACAAAUUGAUUUGA